GUGCCAUACUCACAUACGUACAAGUGUACGUACAGACUAUGUUGUGUAAUGUAUGUGAGAAGCCCGCCGAGCGUGUGUGCUCUUGCCUGACGCGGUUCUUCUGUUCUGUGGACUGUCAGGUACAUUGGACAUGCACAAUGAGUCUGACUGGACAAUUGGAGAACAUCAGACGACAUGUUCAAUGGACAAUGAGAACGGCAUAGCCUCUCUGACUGUAAGUAGACCCGGGGCAACCACAGCAGUUAAGACAAACAACCCCACAACAAACACAGGCAGUAACAAGCCAACUUCAGCCAAGGACACAGAAUCGUGUCCAGGUAAGAUAUCUCCUGUAGGUACGAAGAAGAAGAUACCGGUAAGAGGUGAGCCAGGGUCUAUUUUAAAUGCACCGGGUAGUACACGAACUCAUGAGUCAGUAGGGGACUCUGGAGAUAAGAACGAAACUGUGAGUGAGGAAGCGGUAAGUGAUACUGUGAGUCCGGCAAAAAAGACUGCGGGCAAGACCGCAAACGGUGAGGGCAUGGAAUUACGGGAGACCCAGAUAGUGCCCACAAGUUCAAGCAAAAAGUCGGGUCCGAUUUUAACGGACGUGGCUACAUCCGUGUCUACGAGCUUUGGUACCAAGUUGUCAUCACUGCUCAAGUAUGGUUCGAGUGCUUUCAGCACUCUCGUCCCGGGCGAGCAAGUCGGUGAAGCGACUGGAGAUACUGAUAGUGGGAGUGGGAGUAGUAGUGUGGCUGCGGGGAGCCCGAAUAAGGGCAAUACUGAAAUAACUGCUGGUAUAGAGGGGCCUAGUACAGUUGAGAAGAAUGCAGAGGAUAGGACUUUGAAUGCUCUUACUACGUACGAAGAGGAUGUGGACAUGGAUGAUGCGUUGGUAGUUGAGCCACCACAGUACAUGGACUUUAACCUGAGUGUAUCAGGUAUCAAUAGUGAACUACCAGACUUGGACCUGGGUUUGGAUGAAGCAGCGGACACUGAGGAUGGUAUGAAGGAGAAAGGCAAAGGAAAAGGUGUUGCGGGGAAUAAGAGUGGAGAUAAAAAGGUAUAUAAGAAUAGCCGAGUGGCUAUUACAACCACAACCGUUGCUACUACCACCGCUCAGCCGAAUAACACUACAUCCGACUCUGAGAAUGCUGACAGUUUGAACGAAACUAGAGUGGAAUCCAAUGCCGCCUUGAGUUUUACAACCACAGGCGUGCACGCUGAUGCGGAGAUUGCGAACUCGAAGGCAUUGGUGAUAGUGGCACCCACACCUGCCAACAGGCCGAAACGCGCCUGUGUGACGAAACCCAAACCUGUUCAGCAGACAGUGGUUAUUGUAGAGAAGUCUGCGCCCAAGUACAAGAAGGUGAAGAUUGAUCACGCGGCUCUGGCGGCAAUGAAAGCGGCGACGCUGAGCAGACCUAGGGGCACUCAGGCGCUCCCACCCACAAUCAACGAAACGACGGGUGAGCAAUACCCCAGACGACCCCCUAGACGCGUCCCAGGAACGUUUGUACACGAACGAGAUAUACCUAUAUGGAUGCCAACCACUGCAGAGAUGAUACCCAAACGCAAGGAUAAGACGGCCAGGAUGGUAAAGGUGGAUCCGAAUCCCCAGAUACAAGAACGUACCAAAAAGAAGCUGGCUGGAGUGGUGGUAAAGGUGUCGCUCGAAGCACCCGCUCAGAUACCCGAGGGAGAUAAUCCAGAUGUUAUGGUUUGUCCCAGAGAUGACUGUAGUAAGAGGUUCCUGGAUAAAGUGGACUUUGGUAUACACGAGAGACUGCAUACGGGCGAUCGUACCGAGGUGUGUGACUGGGAUGGGUGUCCCAAAGUUUUUAAGACACGCCAUUCGUACCUCACACACCAUCGCAUUCACACGUGUACCAAACACUUUGCAUGUACCUGGAUGGGCUGUGGUAAAUACUUCGAUCGAAAUACCAAGCUUCUGGCUCACAUGCGGACACACACUGGCGAAAAGCCCUAUCGGUGUGCGUUUAAAGGAUGUGGUCAUCAAUUUGCUCAAGCAAGUCAUAUGGCUACGCACAACCGCACACACACUGGAGAGAAGCCAUAUAGAUGCACAUGGGAAGGCUGUGACAAAAGCUUUGCACGCAGUAGUAGUCGCGAACACCACCUACGAACACACACAGGUGAACGACCAUUUGAUUGUACUUGGGAGGGCUGUGAUAAGGCAUUUGCACGCAUGAACAGUUUAGUGGAUCACAUGCGCACACACACUGGUGAACGGCCCUACAAGUGUCAGUGGGAUGGGUGCACCAAGGCAUUCGCCCAAAGUAGUAGUCUUGGGACACACUGGAAGAUACACACGGGUGAGAAGCCGUUUAUUUGUGUGUGGCGUGAUUGCGACAAACGCUUUGGUGACCGUAGUGGACUUGAGCAUCACAAAAGGACACAUACAGGUGAACGCCCCUUUCCGUGUAAUGUGCCUGGAUGUGGUAAGCGCUUCGCCCAGAGCACUAAUUUGACCCGGCACAUGAAAACGCAUACCGAGCGGAUGAUCCAGGGAUCCACUUGAGAAAUGUAAAAAAGGUUUUAGUAAACAUGUGGAGUACAGAUGUGUGUGUAUAUCCUGGGAUGGAGCGCAUUGAUGCACGUUGCAAAUACGCGGCAUACCUACAGUGUCAAGUCGGAGUCCUUAGUUGCUCUACCUCAAUAUGGAGUUUGGAUAUCACAAAUAAAC